AGCGGGGCUGCGCGUGCGCGAGGUGGAGGCCGCCCUUGGCGGCCGUUAAAAAAUGGCGACUGUCAGCGAUCUGAAGGCUGUUUUAAAGGAUACCUUGGAAAAAAGGGGAGUCCUAGGGCAUUUAAAAGCGAGAAUUCGAGCCGAAGUUUUCAAUGCCCUAGAUGAUGAAAAUGAACCCCGACCAACAUUGUCUCAUGAAAACCUUCUUAUUAAUGAAUUAAUUCGGGAGUAUUUGGAAUUCAACAAAUAUAAGUAUACAGCGUCUGUCCUCAUAGCAGAAUCUGGUCAACCUGUAGUUCCACUGGAUAGGCAAUUUCUCAUCCGUGAACUAAAUGCAUUUGAAGAAUCAAAGGAUAAUACAAUACCUCUUUUAUAUGGGAUUUUAGCUCACUUCUUGCAUGGAAUUAAGGAUGGCAUCCAAAGUACAUUUCUGAAAGGAUCUUCACUUCCGUCUCCAAAUCCAAACCUUGUUAGACAGCCUAGUGGAAGAAACCAGAUGGGUUAUUUAUGACUUCACUAGGAGUUAUCCUUCUACAUAUCUUAGAAUUCUGAGCUGAAUGGAACAUUGGAAAGGAAAUCACUCCCAGCUACUUAGUUCAUGGAUGAGAAAACCAAGACUGAGAGGUGAAUGACUAUGAAAGGCUGUAGCUGAUCAUUUUUAGCAGCAUCAGCACCUCUGAUUGCCAUUCCUGUAACUUUUCCAUUUAAAGAAUAUGGGGUUUUCCUAGUUCCCUUUUCAGGGAUUGGGUAAGGAAUUGUCAUUAGUGUCUGAAAAAAACAAAACAAAUCACAAGUACAUGAAUAAAUCUCCAAACAUUCAAAUAAUAUAAUGUAAAAUGCCCCUUAACCUCUUCCCUCUGCCUCUUCCUAAUUCUCCAAUUUCUCUGCCUUCUCUGUUAGCAACUUGGUGGUUAUCCUUCAGGACUCAUUUCUGUGUAUUUAAAUAUUAUAUAGAAGGUGGGGCAACAGUAGGUUUACAGUUGUUAGUAUGGAAAAUAAAUAAUAAUUAAUAAAUGAUAGUAUAAAAAUAAACUAUUUCACGUACUCAGACCUGUAAACCUACUUUUGCCUCACCGUGUGUACUGAAACUGGAACAAUGCAGAGAGGAAUAGCGUGGCUCCUGCUCAGGGACAACACUCAAAUUCGUGAGGUGUUCCAGAUUAUUGUUCCUUUAGAUAUGAGGGAGAAAUAAAGGCUUUUCCAGGCAAACAAAAACUGGGAGAAUUUAUCACCACAAUAUGGGCAUUACAAGAAAUGAAAGGAGCUCUUUUACAUGAAAAAAAAACUCACAAGUUUACAAAAUUUUUAGUUAAAGAUGACAAACAGAAGCAGGAAAUUGCAACUCCUUUUCAGAAUAGGGUGUUAAACACUUAAUUAUAACACGAAGGUUAAAGGAGGAAAAGCAUUUUUUUGAAAACCCCUUUGUGCUCCUUAGUCUCCCUGAUGGCCCCAGCAUUCCAGUGGUGAGUGCUGUCUGUUCCAAAUCUCCUUCCUUCGGUAUGUGUAAAAACCGUGUUGCUCACAAUUAUCAUUAUGAGAAUUUUAUAUAACUUCUAAACACUGGUCUCAAAGAAAAAUAGGCACUGGUUAGAAAAUGCAGGAGUGGGCAAUGAAUUGAUACGUUGGGUCUGGGGAAGGGAUAUGGGUCAUUAGAGACUAGGCAAAGAAACUUCACAUUUGUAACCCUUUUCACUUUCCUUUUGAAUUUUGAACCAUGCAUUACUGCAUUAGUAUUCAAAAAAUAAUUGGACUUUAUAAUACAGGGGUGGACAAAAGUAGAUAAGAACGAUAUGCCGAAGUGUGCUUAAGUAUAGCAAGUAGACAACAAGAAUGUGUAAAUAAUAAAGGCUGGCAGUUUGAGCACUUACAAGAUUGUGCCCAAAUGCACUGUGCCACUGUGACAUUCCUUUGAGUUAAUAAAGCUAUUGUGGUAAUGAUAACCUGCAUGUCUUUUUCUGUACAAACAACUGUAAACCCACUUUAUGCACUCUUACUGUACAUGUUAUUCUACAACUUGCUAUUUUUUUACUUGUCUCAAUAUAUGUAGAUCUACUCCCUCAUUUUCAACUUUGUGUAGUCUUCCAUAGUAUUACUGAUCAUGCUUUACUGAUGUACUUUUGUGUUUUUUAUUUUUUGCUUAUACAGCAUUGCAGUGUAGCAUUACUUCUUUGUUCACACAAGUAUUUCUCGUGUGGAUGCCUAGAAGUAGAAUUGCUGGUUCAAAGCAUAUGUGUACUUAAAAUAGUCUAAUACUGCCUAAUUUUUCUCCCAAAGGCCUUUACCAGUUUAUGCUUACCACGAGUAAAUGAUAGUACUGGUUCCCCUAUUUCAUUGUUACCAGUGGAUAUUCUACACAUUAACACUCUUAACACAGCAGCCCCAUCACAUUUGCAUUUCCAGUCCCAUGAGGAAAUACAGCCUUUUAAGAAAUAAUGUUUGUGGCUUGUAAGCUUUUUAUAAUUAAUCUCUGUAAUGUUUCUGACUAAUGACUAAUCAGAAAGUUAUAGAUAAUAGAGCAUUUCUUAACUAAGUUCUCCUGAGAUGAAGAUCAUGGAUUAAUUACUGGUAGUAAUUAAUGUAAGAUAUCACAGUGGGCAAGGUGGGAUGGGUAGGGGUGGAGAGAAUGAGAGAGUGCAUUAAUUACUUUGGG